AGUAAAUAUAAAAGGAACAUGCACAGUUUAGGAGGUGUCAGGUGUCUCUUGAGCAAGACUCGUAAACGUCUUUCUGCAAGAGAUUACAGUUAGUGCCCUUCCCUAAUUUCAUCAUCCCGAGUUUGAAGCUUUUUCGUCGAGUAAGAAUGCGUGAGUGCAUUUCAGUACACGUUGGUCAAGCUGGUGUCCAGAUUGGAAAUGCCUGCUGGGAGCUUUACUGCCUGGAACAUGGGAUCCAGCCGGAUGGAAAGAUGCCCUCUGACAAGACCGUUGGAAAAGGAGAUGAUUCUUUCAACACCUUCUUCAGCGAGACCGGAGCUGGAAAGCAUGUCCCCAGAGCAGUUUUUGUGGACUUGGAGCCCACUGUCAUUGAUGAGGUGCGUACUGGAACGUACCGCCAGCUGUUUCACCCUGAGCAGCUCAUUACUGGCAAGGAGGAUGCUGCCAACAACUACGCCCGUGGUCACUACACCAUCGGUAAAGAAAUCAUUGACUCGGUUCUGGACAGAAUUCGUAAACUGUCUGAUCAGUGUACUGGUCUUCAGGGCUUCCUGGUCUUCCACAGCUUUGGUGGAGGUACUGGCUCUGGUUUCACAUCCCUGCUGAUGGAGCGUCUUUCUGUGGACUAUGGCAAGAAAUCCAAGCUGGAGUUCUCAGUCUAUCCUGCUCCUCAGGUGUCCACUGCCGUGGUGGAGCCCUACAAUUCCAUCUUGACAACCCACACCACCCUAGAGCACUCGGACUGUGCCUUCAUGGUUGACAACGAGGCAAUCUACGAUAUUUGCCGCAGGAACCUCGAUGUUGAGCGUCCCUCCUACACCAACUUGAACAGGCUGAUCAGUCAGAUUGUGUCCUCCAUUACUGCUUCUCUUCGUUUUGAUGGUGCUCUCAAUGUUGAUCUGACAGAGUUCCAAACCAACUUGGUCCCAUAUCCCCGUAUCCACUUCCCUCUGGCCACCUAUGCCCCUGUCAUCUCUGCUGAGAAGGCUUACCAUGAGCAACUAACUAUAUCAGAGAUCACUAAUGCCUGCUUUGAGCCAGCUAACCAAAUGGUGAAAUGUGACCCUCGCCAUGGGAAGUACAUGGCUUGCUGCCUCUUGUACCGUGGGGAUGUGGUGCCUAAAGAUGUCAAUGCUGCCAUUGCAACCAUCAAAACCAAACGCACCAUCCAGUUUGUGGACUGGUGUCCCACUGGUUUCAAAGUUGGCAUAAACUACCAGCCACCCACUGUAGUACCUGGUGGGGACCUGGCCAAGGUUCAGAGGGCUGUUUGCAUGCUAAGCAACACCACAGCUAUUGCAGAGGCCUGGGCUCGGCUCGACCACAAAUUUGAUCUGAUGUAUGCCAAGCGUGCUUUCGUGCACUGGUAUGUGGGUGAAGGUAUGGAGGAGGGAGAGUUUGCUGAAGCCCGAGAAGACAUGGCAGCUUUGGAGAAGGAUUAUGAAGAGGUUGGCACCGACAGCAUGGGUGAUGAGGCUGAGGGAGAAGAGUAUUAAACUGGAAUUUUCAUGUGAACCAUCUGCCUUUUUAAUACUGAAAUAAAAUGUUUCUAUAAAA